AUGCUAAAUUUCCUCAUAUCAUUUUGAUGACCGAUUCUUUUGUGACUUUUAACCUACAGAAUUACAUUGCAAAAAUCACAGAUUUUGGGUUGGCUAAAUUGGGGCCUGCUGGGGGACAAUCACAUGUAACUACCAGGGUCAUUGGCACGUAUGGUUAUGCUGCUCCAGAAUUUGUGGCAACAGGGCACUUGUAUGUGAAGAGUGAUGUGUAUGGAUUUGGUGUAGUGCUGCUAGAAAUGCUGACAGGCAAGCAGGCACUUGACACAGAUCGGCCAACAGGCAAGCACAACCUAGUUAAAUGGGCAAAGCCUUUUCUUUUCUCCAAAGGAAAGUUGAAAACCAUUAUGGAUGCUAUGAUAGAAGAUCAAUAUUCACCCAAGGCAGCAUGGCAAGCAGCACAACUUACUCUAAAAUGCCUAAAACCUAACCCUAACUUCCGUCCUUCUAUGAAAGAUGUACUUGAGGAAUUGGAAGUCAUUGAAGCUAUCCUUGAAAAAAAAUUGAAGGUGUUUAGUUAUGCGGAUCUGAAAUCUGCAACAAAGAAUUUUAGGCAUGACACAGUGGUUGGUGAGGGUGGUUUUGGCAUUGUCUACAAGGGAUGGCUGGAUGAGAAGACCCUAACCCCUGUGAGGGCAGGUUUUGGAAAGGUCGUUGCCAUAAAAAAGUUGAAACCCGACAGCAUGCAAGGGAUUUUAGAGUGGCAGUCAGAAGUAUACUUUUUAGGAAUGCUUUCUCACCCCAACCUGGUCAAGCUAUUGGGUUACUGCAGGGAUGAUGAUGAUAAGCUUCUUCUUGUGUACGAGUUCAUGCCUAAGGGAAGCUUAAACAAUCAUCUAUUUAGAAGAAAUCCUAACUUAGAACCACUUUCAUGGAACACCAGGCUUAAAAUAGCUAUUGGUGCAGCUCGGGCUCUAGCUUUCUUGCAUGCCUCUGAAAAACAAGUCAUAUACAGAGAUUUCAAGGCUUCACAUAUACUACUCGAUAGGAAUUAUAAUGCAAAAAUCUCAGAUUUUGGCUUGGCUAAAUUGGGGCCUUAUGAAGGACAAUCACACGUAACUACCAGGGUCAUGGGCACGUCUGGUUAUGCUGCUCCAGAAUAUGUGGCAACAGGGCACUUGUAUGUGAAAAGUGAUGUUUAUGGGUUUGGUGUAGUGCUGCUUGAAAUGCUGACAAGCAUGAGGGCAAUUGACGCAAAUCGCCCAACAGGGCAGCAUAACCUAGUUGAAUUCGACCUCAAAUUUGUGUAA